ACACACACUUCCAGAGAGAGAGACGGCGGAAGAGCUCUGCUAGAUUGUGUGGAUAGCAAACGGAAGCUUCUUAAGCCUUAGAAUUUUCCAAACUGCGUUUGUUGUUGAUUACGUUCCCAUCUGAAGGACCCCUAAAGCGGAGCGGCGCAGGAAAGCAGCGCGGAAUCAGCGGCUGGUGCGUGUUUUAUAUCUGCAGCGCGAGGUUUGUCUGUUGGCAGGCGGCUGAGGAGAUGCUCCUGUAAUUGGAUUCAUCUGGAAAACGCUCAAACCGCGAGGAGAGCUGCUUAAGUGACAGCGGCUCUCUAUAACGAUCUCUUUUUCAGCCUGCCUCUUCAUUUUUCUUUUCGCUCCGCUCAGCUCCAUCUCCCUCUCUUCUCUCGCGACCCUCUCUCAUCUUCUUCCGACAGCAGAAGUUUUUCUGUCGCACGCAGACCAUCGCGAUGGUUGAUAAAGGCACAAGAGUGUUCAAGAAGGCAAGUCCAAAUGGGAAGUUAACUGUGUACCUUGGUAAGAGGGAUUUCGUCGACCACGUGGAUCUUGUGGAGCCUGUCGAUGGUGUGGUUUUAAUUGAUCCAGAGUACCUAAAAGAGAGAAAAGUUUUUGUGACACUGACGUGUGCCUUCCGCUAUGGAAGGGAGGACUUGGAUGUUCUUGGCUUGACGUUUCGUAAAGACCUCUUUGUGGCCAACAUCCAGGCAUUUCCCCCUGUGCCUGAAGAGAAAAAGAGCUUGACACGUCUACAAGAGCGACUGAUAAAGAAACUCGGAGAACAUGCUUACCCCUUCACCUUCGAGAUUCCGCCGAAUUUACCCUGUUCUGUCACGUUACAACCAGGGCCAGAGGAUACAGGAAAGGCCUGCGGGGUUGACUUUGAAGUGAAAGUUUUCUGUGCAGAAAAUGUUGAAGAAAAAAUCCACAAAAGGAAUUCAGUGCGUCUUGUCAUCAGAAAAGUGCAGUAUGCUCCAGAGAAGCCGGGCCCACAGCCGAUGGCUGAAACCACAAGACAGUUUCUCAUGUCAGAUAAACCUUUACACCUGGAGGCUUCACUUGACAAAGAGAUUUACUAUCAUGGUGAACCAAUCAGUGUCAACGUCCAUGUCACAAACAACACAAACAAGACAGUAAAAAAAAUCAAGAUUUCAGUGCGACAAUAUGCUGAUAUCUGCCUCUUCAACACUGCCCAGUACAAGUGUCCCGUGGCCACAGAGGAAACAGAUGAUAUCGUGGCCCCCAGUGCGACAUUUUGUAAAGUAUACACUCUCACACCUUUCCUCGCGAAUAACCGAGAGAAACGUGGCUUGGCUCUGGAUGGCAAACUCAAACAUGAAGACACAAAUUUAGCCUCAAGUACAUUGUUAAGAGAGGUGGCCAAUAAGGAAAUUCUGGGCAUCAUUGUUUCUUAUAAGGUGAAAGCGAAGCUGGUGGUGUCUCGCGGAGGGCUGCUUGGAGAUCUUGCCUCAAGUGAUGUUGCUGUUGAGCUCCCCUUUACAUUAAUGCAUCCCAAACCAUUGGAGGAAUCGAUUUACAGAGAUGCUUCAGAAAAUGAUGCCCCCAUUGACACAAACCUCAUUGAAUUUGACACAAAUGACGAUGACAUCAUCUUUGAGGACUUUGCUCGACAACGCCUGAUUGGGGCAAAAGAUGACAAAGAUGAAGACGAGGAGGGUGCCGAUUCGCCCAAACUGAAUGACAGAUAGAUAUGCAGAUUCCUGCAGAGUUUCCUGUGUUGUGACGAUACAAGAGACCUUUUUGAGAUAACCUGGAAAAAUCGGACACCCUUUAACACACUCACAGUGGUGCAGUUGUUGUGUUCUUGUUCACAUUUGUCUCUUCCAUCCUGCAAGGGUGUACAGUAAAAACGUAAGUGUAGAAAAUGUGAACUUGUCGUUGAAGCAAUUAGAAGGUGAGAUUUUAGUUGAUAGGUCGGCCACUGAGUGCCUCGGAUAUUUGAGGCUCAUUUAAGGUUGAGUCAAUGGCUUCACAUCAUAGCUAAAUCAAACGUCAGUGGUAGCAUACCUUUGUUGUUCCUUUGUUUUAUAGAUUCUUCCUUUGAUUAGAACAGAAGAAGAAUUUAAGGACCGUGUCUUAGUAUUGAACCAUAUUUAAUGUAUGGAAUUAGUUAUUUUAAUGACUGUAAAAGGAACUGGAUUUACUAUGUUUAUUAUAAAAGCUGCCAAAUUGAAUCAUCUUUGUAAUGUCUCAUGUCUCAACUGAGAGCUUUUUAAUCAGUCAUUGCAGAGUGAAAGUAUUUUUUCUUUCCACUUUUUGAAAGAAAUGAUAUCUCAAAGUUAUCUUACCUAACAAAAGUUCUGAAUACACUACUGAUAAAAAGACUAUAUGACACAAUGAACAACAAUGCCUUUUUUCUCUCAACAAUCUUCAACUGUGUGAAAACAUUUAAUUAUAAACAAUGUCUAUAUAUAGGGGACUAUAUAUUGCUAUAUGAUAUUUUUACAUAAGUGAAGCUUCUCAAACAAAUCACCUGUGAAUAGUCUACAAACUACAAACUUUCUAGUUACACUAUCCUGAAUAAAGUAUAUGUAUGCUUAAAUCUGUCUCUUCUGUGGAACAGAAAAGAACUUUUGAAGAAUGUGCUGGUAUUUUUCCAUUGCAAUCACAAUUAAUUGAGAGCUUUCAAGAUUCAGUAAGGAUUUUAAAGCUCCGGGGUAUCAUGAAAAAUCCCUUUAUCUUGUGCCAUGUGCACACUGCAUGAAAUGUUCUGAAUUAAAAGGGCUUGUGUGAUUAAGAAAUCAACAUUUAAGUUGUUAUUCAUUAAUAAUCUGUCCAGUACCCUGGAACUUUAUUUAAUAAUUAAUUAUUCGGUUUUUGUGAAUAAGAUCAGAUGAUUCAAUGAAAAGAUCAGACUCAAAAGAACAACUUGUUAAAUUGAGAAUCAGUUGAACUGUUUCUCUAACAGUUCAAGCUCAACUGUUUACUUCUGUCCUCUUUUUAAAGCUGCUUUAUGGCAGAAUUUUGUUUGCAUUAUCGAAACACUAUUUUAUGGAGCCCCACACAUGGCAUGCAGGAAAAAAAUAUUAGGCUAAAUCAUGUGCACCAUCUACUAUUUAGUUCCCUCGAUUUAUAAAUUGAGCACAAGAUUUAAUAAUUAGUUCCCUUGAUUUGCUAAAUUGUGCACACGAUUUAUAAAUCGAGAUUACGAAUUAGUAAAUUGUGCACAUGAUUUAGCAAAUCAAGGAAACAAAUUAGCAAAUAGA